AUGAAUGACAUUGGAGAUGAAUGUGGAAAGAGUUUCAACUGGAAGAAAAGACUCACUUCCCAUCAAAGAAUUCACACAGGGGAUAAACCAUUCCAGUGUUUGGAAUGUGGUAAGAGCUUCAGUCGGAAGGAUAGUCUCACUUCCCAUCAAAUAAUUCAUACUGGGGAGAAACCAUAUCAAUGCUUGGAAUGUGGAAAGAGUUUCCGUAGGAGCUUCCAUCUCACUUCCCAUCAAAGAAUUCAUACUGGAGAAAAACCAUAUCAGUGCUUGGAAUGUGGAAAGAGCUUCAAUCGGAAAGAUAGUCUCAAUUCCCACCAAAGAAUUCAUAGUGGGGAGGGACCUUAUCAGUGCUUGGAAUGUGGAAAGAGCUUCACACGGAAGGGCAGUCUCACUUCUCAUCAAACAAUUCAUACAGGGGAGAAACCAUAUCAAUGCUUGGAAUGUGGGAACACCUUCACCCAGAAGUUUAGUCUCAUUUCCCACCAUCUAAGUCAUACAGGGGAGAGACCAUAUCAGUGCUUGGAAUGUGGAAGAAGUUUCACUAAGAGGGGCAAUCUCACAGCCCAUCAAAGAAUUCAUACAGGGGAGAAACCGUAUCAGUGCUUGGAAUGUGGGAACACCUUCACCCAGAAGUUAAGUCUCAUUUCCCACCAAAGAAUUCAUACAGGAGAGAGACCGUAUCAGUGCUUGGAAUGCGGAAAGAGUUUCAAUAAGAGGGGCAAUCUCACAACCCAUCAAAGAAUUCAUACAAGGGGGAAACCAUAGUAGUGCUUGGAAUAGGGCAAGAGCUUCAGGAAGCACCAAUCUCACUGCCCACCCAAGA